AUGUUGUAUCAAUAUGAAGCUGCCAACAUUCGGGAACUCUGGCAACAAGUCCCUGUUUCACCACAGCUGCCAGAUAGUUUGGGUAUAGAGAGCCUCAAAGUUUGGUUGCAAAGAACGACAACUUCUCAGGUGUUACCUCCAGUAGGUUUAAGCUCUUCACCUGCGAUACCAUGGAUACUUUGGAAUGUGUGGACUGCAAGAAAUAAAUUGGUGUUUGAAGGAAAAGUUUUUCAGGUUAAAGAGAUCAUCUCGAAAGCCAUUGCUGAUGCAAGAGAAUGGGAAGCAGCUAAUCUCAAAAAAGCAAAGGAGCAUGCGAAGACAACGGGAUCGAAGCUGAGACUACACGCUGUUCCAAUGUGCUGGACUGAUGGAGCUUGGCAGGAAACCUCAAAAGCUGGAGGCAUGGGUUGGAUCAUCAAGAAUGAGGAUGGUGCUGUGCUACACAGAGGAUCAAGCAACCGGUUGUUUGUCUGCUCUGCCCUUAUGGCAGAAGCUCUAGCAAUGCGAGAGGCCCUCAUCAAAGCUAAAGAACUCAACCUUCAGAGUAUCCAAUUAUUCUCGGACUCUCAGGUCCUUGUGUCGGCCCUGCGAUCAGGGUUGGAUGUGUUAGAGAUUGCAGGUGUCCUUCAUGACAUCAGGAGCCUUGCCACUCUCUUCUGUCCAUUAGCUUUCAAUUUUAUUCCUCGUUUAGAUAAUCGUCAAGCUGACUCUUUGGCACGAGCAGCUCUUGAACGUUUGAAUGCAGUGUAA